AUGGACCAGACAUAUUGGGCUCAGGCCUUUGUCGUCAGCCUGAUCACCUCCUGGGGAAUCCUCGGAUUUGCAGGCACAGUGGAAACACAUGUCAAUGACGCAGGCCGCAAUGUGCUGCGUGGGUACCGCGGUGCACUCUAUAUGGGAAUAGGUCUAGCUGGAAUAGGCCUUAUCGUGUCUAUCUGCUUCAUGCUCAUGAGUUGGAGGCGCUACCACGCGGAGCAGCAACGCUGA